AUGGACGAUGCCGCAGUGCUCAAAAAAAGAGGCUACGUCAUGGGAGGGAACUUAGGAGAAGGAUCUUACGCAAAGGUGAAAGCGGCCUACUCAGAACGUUUGAAAUUUGACGUAGCAGUAAAAAUCAUUGACCGGAAGAAAGCCCCUCAUGACUUCUUGGAGAGGUUUCUUCCGAGAGAAAUAGACAUCUUGGCCAAAGUGAAUCACCGAUCCAUCAUCAAAACCUACGAGAUCUUUGAGACCUCAGAUGGCAAAGUUUACAUUGUGAUGGAGCUCGGAGUUCAAGGUGACCUGCUGGAAUUCAUCAAGAGCAAAGGGGCAAUGCCGGAAGAAAUAGCCCGCAAGAUGUUCCGUCAGUUGUGCUCUGCCAUUAAAUAUUGCCACGAUUUAGACAUUGUCCACCGGGACUUGAAAUGUGAAAACCUCCUUUUGGACAAAGAUUAUCACAUCAAGCUUUCGGAUUUUGGCUUCUCCAAACGAUUGAAUCGUGACGAAGACGGUAAAGUUAUCCACAGCAAAACCUUCUGUGGUUCAGCCGCUUACGCAGCCCCUGAAGUGCUGCAAGGCAUCCCCUAUGAACCCAAGAUUUAUGAUAUGUGGAGUCUCGGUGUCAUUCUGUAUAUAAUGGUCUGCGGCUCCAUGCCUUACGAUGACUCAAACAUCAGGAAAAUGCUCAGGCUUCAGAAGGAGCAUCGCGUGCAUUUCCCCAAGUCCAAAAACCUAUCUACUGAAUGCAAAGAUCUCAUUUAUCGCAUGCUGCAACCCGACGUGGGCCGGCGGUUGCACAUCGAAGAUGCUCUGAGCCACAUUUGGAUGCAGGGCUCCAAAUCCAGAGGGCUUUCAGCAACUUCUGUCGGAAGGAACGGAGAGUGUUCCCGGACUGUGUGCACGAUGAAGUCAGAAGCCAAAGUCGAACUGGAUACAGACCACAAGUCUGAGGUCAAGCCACCAGCCAAGUUGGAAGCAGUAGCAGAGGAAACGGGUCAGGCAGACAGGCCAGGAGAUGUCAAUGAGAUAGUGACUCAGAUGGAGAAAGCAGAAAUCUAA